UGCACACACAUACUCUCUCUCUCCCUUUCAAUGAACAAAAUGUCAAUAAGCUCACAAGUCUGAACCCUUUUCUUUUUCCUCUGUGCUUUCCCUGGUUGAUCAUGGAGAAGCACAAGUGCAAGCUCUGCUUGAGAAACUUCUCUAAUGGCAGGGCCUUGGGAGGUCACAUGAGGUCUCACAUGGUGAACCUUCCUAUUCCUCCAAAACCAGAGGACCCACCACCACCGCCAUUAGUCCAACUCAGCUUCGAGGCCGAGUCUGCUUCGUCGUCUUCAUCAUCGUCCUCGGAAGAAGAAGAAGAUGAUAAAGGUCUCUGCUAUGGCCUCAGAGAGAACCCUAAGAGAAGCUUUCGCCUUGUGGAUCCAGAAUUUUCUUUCCCCGUCGUAGAAUCCGCCUCUGUAAUUCUUCAAGACAGAGAAAGCGAGACUGAGUCGUCCAAGAACCCAACUAGAACAAGAUCCAAAAGGGCAUGUAAUAAUAACCAAUUCCACCAUCAUCCGAAGAAGAUGAAACCAAGUAAUGAUCAUCAUCAUAAUCAUCACCAUCAUCAUCACAGUAAGAACAAGACUGAGCCGUCUUGGGUUGAACCUGAACUGUUGAGUUCGGUUUCUAAUGCGACCACCGAGGAAGAUGUCGCAUUUUGUCUUAUGAUGUUGUCGAGGGACAAAUGGAAGAGACAGGAAGUAAAAGACGAAGAAGAAGACGAAGAGGAAGAGGAAGCAGAAGACGACGAGGAGGACGAGGAAGACGACGAAGGAGACAGAUCUGUGGAAGAUUCUGAGGAAUUCUAUGACGAGAUGAAAUCAUCCAAGACGCGAUCAUCCGUUCGUGGAAGGUACAAAUGCGAGACGUGCAAGAAAGCGUUUCGAUCAUAUCAAGCAUUGGGAGGUCACAGAGCGAGUCACAAAAAAAUCAAAUCGGUCAUAUGUGAACCGGAAAUUGAGCAUGAAAAUAAUGCUCCCAUGGUGGCCGAGAAGAAAAUUCAUGAAUGUCCAGUUUGUUUCAGAGUGUUCGCUUCAGGUCAAGCUCUUGGAGGCCACAAGCGAACGCACGUGACUGGUUCUGCAACUCCGGUUCGAACCCCACCAACCAAGUUCGGAGAUAACAACAGUUUAAUAGAUCUUAACCUUCCUGCUCCAUUUGAGGAAGAUGAGAUUAGCCAAAUUGAAAAUUCUGCAGUUUCUGAUGCAGAAUUCCUCAAACCCAGUUCCCAUAUCGCUGGGGCACAAGUAGCUUGAUCGAUCAAGUACGAUGAUGAUGAUCUGAAAGGUAAACAUACAAACAAAAUUUUUGGUUGCAAUUUUUCACGUAUUUGUUCUGUUCUCGAAUUCUAACAGUAACAAUCCAGUUCUUCUGGGCUAUGUUUUUUUUUUUGGUAACAAAUGACUUAGAGAGCAUCCAUUAAUGGAGGACAAGGACAAGGACAAACCUUGGAUGUUUGUUGUUCUGUAAUUCUGAUUCAAACUUAAACUCUAUUUAUUUUUUAAUGUAAAAAAAUUGGAAUUUGUGGGAUUUAUUUCUUUAUGCUGAAGAAUUGUGAAGCGUGCGUGUUUUAGUGGGACUCUGUUUCAGCUACGAAGCAAAUACCCAGUAACUGUUGUUCCAUUGAUGGUGAAUAUUAAAUAGGAAAGUCAUUCAGCACAGGAAGCUAAGUUCAUCAAUCUUCUGAUAUAAUUAAUUCAAAAGCAACU